AUCGGCUAUAAAAGAGGCAGGACUGCUCGCUUCUUCCCCAUCAUCAUCACCAACCAAAGCAGCAUCACAAAAGCAAUCCACUUCAACUCCCUUCUCUCGCUCUCACAAGCCCUCUCUUCUCUUCAACAAUGCGCUUCUCCACCUUUAUCCUCGCCACCUUGGCCGUGUGCGCUACUUUCGUCGCCGCCGCUCCCGUCGCCCCUGGCGCCGCCGCCCUCGCCGCGGAAUCCAUCUGCGACAGAUGUUGCGCUGUGAACUUCGCGACUGACGAAUGCAAGGGCAUCCGUUGUCUGAUGUGUCCUAAGAAGACCGCCGCUGUUCCCGAGCCCACCGCUGUCACUCCUCCCGCUGCCGAGCCCAUCUGCGAGAGGUGCUGUGCCGUCAACUUCGCUACCGAGGAAUGCAAGAGCGUCCGCUGCCUCAGGUGCCCCAAGCCCACCGCCGCUGUUCCCAAGCCCACCGCCGUCGUCCCUACUGCCGCUGCCGAGCCCAUCUGCGAGAGGUGCUGUGCCGUCAACUUCGCUACCGAGGAAUGCAAGGGUAUCCGCUGCUUGAUGUGCCCCAAGAAACCCGCCGCUGCUCCCACCGCCACCCCAGCUCCCGUUCUCGAGGCUCGCGCUGAAAAGGCCAAGGCCAACUGCGACGUCUGCUGUGCUGCCAACUUUGCCCUUCCUGAGUGCAAGAACCUCCAAUGCCUCUGGUGCCCCAAGAAGACCGCGGCUGCUACCACCGCCACCCCAGCUCCCGUUCUCGAGGCUCGCGCUGAAAAGGCCAAGGCCAACUGCGACGUCUGCUGUGCUGCCAACUUUGCCCUUCCUGAGUGCAAGAACCUCCAAUGCCUCUGGUGCCCCAAGAAGACCGCGGCUGUCCCGACUCCUGUUUCCACCCCCGUCGCCGAAAUCCCUGCAACCGCAAACUGUGAGGUGUGCUGUGCCGCGAACUUUGCCCUCCCCGAAUGCAAGAACCUGAAGUGCCUCUGGUGCCCCAAGCUUGCAAAGCCCGUCGUCACACCCCCUGCCGAGGUCGAGGCCGACUGCGACACGUGCUGUGCAGCCAACUUUGCCCUCCCCCAGUGCAAGGGCCUGCGGUGCCUCUGGUGCCCGAAGAAGAAAACCGCCGCCCCAGCCCCUACCGCUCUCUGAGCGAAAAGGCCGAAGCGACACCGCGCGUCGGGUGAUCCGAGCAGAGCGAACGACGAAGGAUCUCUUUCUCGCGAUACACCAUUGCAUAUUUCCAGCCCUAUACCCUUCCAUCAUAUCACAUCAUUCAUCAUAGCAUCAUUCAUCAUACCUAGCAUUAUAGACCCACUGCAUUCAUACCCCUGCAUUUCACAUUCACGUUCAUUCACAUUCAUUCACAUCUGCAUCUUGUAUUCGUCUAUCACACCUCGCCGUGCGCCUAGUACGAUUCAUACAAUAAAUCAUCUCAAAAACAACUCUGGUUCGUCCAUCUUUUCUGCCCCGC